GUUCCAUGAACCCGAAUUGUUUGUUGUUAUUUUCUUACGGGUUAUGUGAAAACAUAUAAAUUACAUACAUUUUAACCCCAAAAUGGCGCAAGUCGCUACGAAAAACGUAAAAACCGCCGCCAAAAAUACAAAUAAGAGCAAUGCGGAAGAGCCUCCAGCAAAAUUGAAGUUCUCAGAUGGCGAGAAAGUCCUUUGCUUCCACGGACCCCUAAUUUACGAAGCAAAAUGCUUAAAGUCUACAAUAACUAAAGAAAAACAAGUUAAAUACUUUAUACACUACGCCGGGUGGAACAAAAAUUGGGAUGAAUGGGUACCAGAGAGCAGAGUCCUGAAAUAUAAUGAGGCGAACGUUGCAAGACAAAAAGAAGUCCAAAAAGCACACUCUACUCAGCCUAGCAAAUCAAAGAAGGUCACCAAAAAAGUAGCAACAAAAGGAGAUUCUGCAAAGGAGAGUGAUUCAAGAGCUAGUACCCCAGUUACAGAGAUAUCUAAGGGUACUAAGAGGAAGGAAAUUGCCACUCCAUCUAGUGGGCAAGACUCGAGUUCUGAUGUUCCUAGAAAGAAAAGAGGACGUUUGGAUCCGUCAGUAGAAGCUGAGGAGCAAUUUUUGAGCAAGGUUGAAAUUAAGGUCAAGAUGCCUGACGAACUGAAACCAUGGUUAGUUGAUGACUGGGACAUCAUAUCAAGACAAAGAAAGCUACUAAAUCUUCCAGCCAAAGUGAGUGUGGAGCAAAUCCUGGACAAUUAUUUGACCUACAAAAAGUCCAUCAAAUCAAAUAAUUCUAAUAAGGAAUCUGCUACUAUUGAAAUUGUCAAAGGUAUAAAAGAAUACUUCAACGUAAUGCUCGGCACCCAGUUACUUUACAAAUUCGAGCGACCGCAAUAUGCGGAGAUACUCCAUAACUACCCGGAAAAACCGAUGUCCGAGAUAUACGGAGCCAUCCAUCUGUUGAGGCUGUUCGUAAAGCUCGGCGCCAUGUUAGCUUACACGCCGUUGGACGAGAGAAGCAUACAGCUGCUGCUGCAAAAUAUCCAGGAUUUCCUGAAGUACUUGAUCAAAAAUAGCGCGCAGUUGUUCAGUCUGCAAGAUUAUAGCAACGCGCCGCCUGAAUACCACAGAAAAGCGCUGUGAUGCAAAAACGAUGCAGAAUUGGGUGGGAUCCUCACGUAGACUGGGCGCCCAAAAUAACGUUUUUUUAUCAGACUCUUAGCAUUCAGAUAUCAGGAAUUCAACAACUUCAUAAUAACAAUUAUUGUCUGUACAAGCAAUAGUUCGGACAUUAUCUAAUUUUAAACUAAAGUUUGUUUAUUGUUUUAUAUUGCGAAAGGUUCGGAAAUCUCGAAACUGGAGAUACUACAGACCAAAAUAUGUGGAUUCACCUCAGUCCAAAAGUUGAUAGUUUGCGUCAAAGUUACAAUUUCAUUUUCUAUUUUUCCUUGUUGCUUGAAAAGUAUUUCAGAUUUUGGCAUAAAACUCCGUAUGAGAAACAAUAAUCCAUUAAAUUUUAUGGUCAAACUUCUAAAGCGCUAUUUCGGUAAAUAACAUAACUUUUUUGUAUACAACUGGCCGAAAAAUCUUAUUUUCUCGUGUUGCCACAAAAAAAAGGUUCACUUGUUCGGAGUAUCUAAAGCUAAGAGUUUUCGAGAUUUAUUUUUAAAAGUUCCAAUGCAUUAUUUAUACCAUGAUAUAAAAACCUAAUAAUCAAGUUGCAGUUUAUUCACAGAGAUGCUUCUUAAAUCGAAACGUCGAAUAUGAUGUCUAAAUAAUAUAUUUCAUUGUUUAUAAAAGAACAAUUAAUUUUCAACCUUACAAAAAUAAACAGACUCUUAGAUAAUGUCCGAACGUUUUUGUGUAAUAUUAACAAGAAUUAUCUUUAUUUGUCGAACAACAGAACAAAUAAAACUUACAAUUGAAAAAAAAGUUCUUUGGCGAAGCUAAAGUGAUGCACAUUCGAUCUUCCACUUGACCCAAACCUCUAAUCUGCUCGAAAAAGUUAAGGGAGCAAGAAAAAAUCCAAAUUUUUCGGCGCUGUCUGUCGGUGAAGAUGGUCGUAUCCAGUUUCUAAAAAAAAGCAUUUUGAAGCUUCAAGAUUCCAGUUUUUAGAUGUUUCAGCCGAAAAUUUUCAGGAGCAACGGUUCUCGUGCAAUUCUAAGAGAUAUCGCAAGGGAAAUUUUUUGCAAAACUCGCAAAAAAGCGCACGGACUCGAGGCACAUUUUUCCGAUCCGAUCACCCGUUUUUUUUCAGCUUCAAUAUCCUUUUUUUUUUUAAUUUCGAUACGAUCGCUUGGCGCGGAUAUAUCCGACCUUGAAUGAAAAAGGAUCCACUGACCAGUGAAUGCACAGAAAAUGUGUAGGGGUACUUCCGAAAACAGGAAUAACCUUCUUUGUUGAUUUUAAAAAAGCAAUAAAAAACAGGAUAUGGACCGAGAAUUUAUCGUAGAAAAUCAAAAACAUGAGCUGUGAUUUUUGCUCGACUACUUUGAAAGUACCUACUGCAAAAUUUUAAAGACCUGAAAAGUCUGUAAACUUGCUUGCCAUUGAUGGGAUCCAGCCGCCCAGUCUGCAAAUUAUAUAAUGAAUAAAUCAAAUUGAUUUUUUUUCAAUAAAACUACAGGGGACUAAUUAGUCGCUAAACCUCAUAAUCAAAGACAAAAUGUUUGCGGGGGUCAUUUUUUAAGUAUGAACCGUUUUGUCAUGGAGUCGGAGCAGCUUUAUCAAUAAUAACAUGCCUUUUAAAUACAUAUAUUUUGGGUAAGGUGAGGUAUUAUGAGUAGAUUGUAUCACAAACCAAAAUAUGAACAUUUUCGCCUCGUAAUUUGGGAAACUAAAAUGAUUGAAUCUGAGGUUUUGGUCUCCGCCUUUACUAUGAAGCGUAGUCGAUUUUUACUUUAAAAAUGGCCCUCGUAUCAUUCUCAUGCAUGCAAAUAGUUGUUCGCUAACCAAUUUAUCUGACAUAUCUCCUCAAAAUAAUAAUGGAAACUUUGUUUUUUUUUUAAACAAAAGCAAUUUGAUAGUUUUUUGAACAAGAGUUGAGCAGUUUUUCUUAGCUUCGUAGGAAUUAUAAAGUCACGACCAAAAAAUUAAUGUUUACUAGUUAAAAAAUGCAUUUUAGUUCAGGCAAUAUCUUCGCAUCAUAUGGGAAAAAUAU